UUUUUUUUUUUUCAUUCCUUUGUUGUAGUUGCGUAGUCGUGUUAUAAAUUUUAACUAUAAAAACUAGGAUAACUAAAUGACUUUUACAGUACCAGAGACAAAAGAGUAGCUGAAGCAACAAUAAAACUUAUGAUCAGUUAUAAAACUAAAUUGAGAACAAAAAGCGAGUGAAGAUUUGUUUGUAAUGAAUCGAAAAUUAAGUCAAAACAUUUUGCACACUAAUGAUUACAAUAUUCGAAGAAAAAGUUUAUUGGAAAAAACCUACUCCAGUGUUGACAACGAAACAAAGCUUAUCAAUGCAGUUGCUAGAGGAGAUUUAGAAGAUGUUAAAAACAUUCUUGCAAUACCAAAUCUUUCAGUAAAUGCUAUUAGAAAACCAGGUUGGUCAGCACUCCAUCACGCUUGUAAAAAUGGAAAUAAGGAGAUCGUUAAAUUAUUAUUAAAAAAUGGAGCUGAUAUCAACUUGCGUUCUGAGGAUAAACUAUACCCACUAGAAAUAUCUACGCUUGGAGGACAUUUUGAGUUAUCUAUGUUUCUUAUUGAAAAUGGCGCUAUAUUGCAAAGCAUUGUGAAUGGUAUGCCCAUUUAAUUUAGGAAAUUGUAAGCGAUUAUAAGGAAUCUGAAUAGGAAAUGAAUAGCAAUUGACUUUGUUUACAAGUAUUGAUACGUCGUUAACCAGUCAUUAAGUUUUCAAAAAAGACUAUUUGUCUUGACUGAAUACCGUCACAUUAUCGACUAGUAGAUAAACAUUUGCAAAUUGCGUUGAUAUUGCUCGAAAGUUUUGAUUAUAACUAGAUGGCUUGAAAAAUAAUUGACUAAAAAUUGA